AAGACAUAGCCAGCGCAACUUUCUUCAAUUCCUCUUUCAAUGGAACACAACAAUUACAGCUCAGCUUCCUCCGCCGUCAUCUCCGCCGUUUCCUCCGCAUCUCACUUACCGGAGCCCGAUGUCCACAUCCUUACCUCCGGUGGCCUCCGCAUCCCCGCUCACACCGGCAUAUUGGCAAUGGCGUCGCCGGUGCUGGAAAAUAUAAUCGAGAGGCCACGUAAGCACCGGAGCUCCGAACGAGUCAUCCCGAUUCUCGGUGUUCCAUGCGACGCCGUUUCUGCUUUUGUUGAAUACCUCUACUCUUCCAGGUGCGAUGAAGAGCAACUGGCGAAGUAUGGGAUUCAUCUGCUAGCGUUGUCGCAUGUUUACUCAGUCCCGCCGCUUAAGCAGCGGUGCAGCAGGGGAGUCAGUCAACGGCUGACGGCGGAGAAUGCGGUGGACGUCCUCCAACUCGCCAGGCUCUGCGACGCUCCCGAUCUUUACCUCAAGUGCAUGAAAUACAUCGCCGCCCAUUUCAAAUCUGUCGAGCAAACCGAAGGUUGGAGUUUCAUGCAGGAUCAUGAUCCCUGGCUCGAGCUCCAGAUUCUUCAGUUCAUCGAUGAAGCUGAAACGAGAAAGAAGAGAAUAAGGCGGCACAGGGAAGCACAGAGCUUGUAUUUACAGCUAAGCGAGGCAAUGGAGUGUUUGCAGCACAUAUGCACGGAAGGGUGCACCACCGUGGGACCGUACGACGUGAAACCAGCUAAGAAACCGGGUCCCUGCAACAAGUACGCGACGUGCCACGGGGUUCAGCUGUUGAUAAAGCAUUUCGCUUUGUGCAAGAGAAGGGUCAACGGUGGAGGGUGCUCUCGCUGCAAGCGAAUGUGGCAGCUUCUUCGACUCCAUUCCUCCAUUUGUGAUCACCCAGAUUCUUGCAGGGUUCCACUUUGCAGGCAAUUCAAAGUGAAAGCACAUCGGCAGAAAAUGGACGAUGAUGCAAAGUGGAAGGUGCUCGUGAAGAAGGUUUUAGCAGCAAAAGCAGUGUCUUCUUUAGCUAUACCCAAGAGGAAGAGAGAGGACGAGGAGAGGGAAACAAUGGGCACCCAUCAUCAUCAUCAUCAUCAUCAUCAUCAGGUUUUGAGAACCUUUAGAUUACGUUAAGAGCUUUUACAAUAGAAAAAAAAAGUUUCUUUGAUUCAUAAUAAUAAUAUGGUUGGUAGUU